UCCACCAUUGCCCCGCCCCGCGGGGCUGCGCACGCGCUGCACAGAGAGUAGAAGGCAAGUGCUGUUGAGCAACUGGCAGUCGGGCGCGUGGGGAAUCGGGCUCUGCGCGACUCUCGCUAACACACAAAAUGGCCAAGAGUUUACGGAGUAAAUGGAAGAGAAAGAUGCGAGCUGAGAAAAGGAAGAAGAAUGCGCCGAAGGAGCUCAGCCGAUUAAAAAACAUCCUGAAAGCAAAUGCUGAUGUUGUAAUGGAGGAGAUUAAAGAAAUAGCAGCGGUGGUCACCCCCGAGAAAGUCAAAGAUCAAGGUGAUGAAGUUAAAAUGGAGACACAGAUUAAAAGAAACAAAAAGACUCUUUUAGACCAACAUGGACAGUAUCCAGUAUGGAUGAAUCCCAGACAGAGGAAGAAGCUUAAGGCAAAACGGGUUAAAGGAAAAAACAAAUCCAAAGUGGCCAAGGGAUUAGCAUGGUAGCUUUGAAGAAAUUUGAAGGGUGGAAAAGAGACUGUAGAAAAGAGAGGCCACCAAAGAUUAAGAGUAUGUGAUCAGGCUGGGACCAGCUACCAAGUGUAAAUUAUCAUUAAGUCUGGAGAGACUAUUAGAUCAGAAAUUGAUGAAAGAGACAUCAGUUUUAUAUCUAGUUAAUUUUAAAAGAAAAUGAGUUAAAAGUGUUAAGUGUUUCACCUGUCUUUUGGUCCUGUGACCAAUAUUUGUGGUUAUGCAUUUUAAACUAUUUUUCUCACUUGUUGCUGUGUUGGUUUUGAACACAGAAACAACCGGAGAAACCAUGGAACCAACUAUGCAUUAUAGGAGGUAAAAUAUUUUUACAGACGCAUGUUCUGUAAAUUGACAGUGUCCCUUUAAUUUUCCUGUAGAACUUUUUUUUAAUUCUGAUUUGUUUUAAUAUUGAAGUAUUAAAUUAUGAAAACAUAUUAUGUGGCUUUAUAUAGACAUUAUAAACUGAAAUUGGGUUCAAAUUGAAAGAUAGAAAACCCAAGACAAAUAAAAAUGUUGCUAGUGAUUAUUUUUAAAAAUUCCAAUAGAAAUGGUUAUUUUUAAACAAGAAACCUUGUGUAAGUGUUUGCAACCCAAACAUUACAGCGCUGAAAUAUUGAAAGUAAAAUAGACUUAAUGGAUUUUCAUUGUCCAUCUGAAAGAAUGCAAAGACAUAAAGUAAAAAUAAAAUAAAAAAAUAUCAACUAUACUUUUAAAACAUUUUUCUGAACAGUUGUAAUAUAGGUAAAUAAACAUGUUGGCAAUA